AUGUCGUUUAAGAACAUCCUCAAGCGGGAGCACUGGAAAAUACUGAAACGGCAGCUGUGUGAGCAGUUUCGCGAGCACUCCCGCGACACGGAGGCUACCGUGGCCGCGCACACCUGGCCCCGGUUCGUUCAGAAGGAGCACCUCCUGGCCAGCAAGCUCGUGCCGGCGAUCAUCACCGCGCACGGCCCGCCGCGCAAAAUAUGCAUAAAGGUCAGCGACAUCUUCCGGCUGGCCUUUGACGAGGAGCACGGCCACCUCAGCCACCUCUUCAGUGGAAGGCUGUACAACCUGCAGAUCGGCGAUGCCGUGGAGCGCUGCGUGGUGACGCACGUGCACGCCGACCCGAUUGAGAAGGUGCUGUACUUCGUGAAGUUCAGCCGCCACGUGGAAGGCUGCAUAUCCGAGGUCGACAUCCCAUGCACGGUGGUCGGGCUGUUGGCAUCCCCGGCUUACCUCAAAGGGUACCACGUGCAGCUGAUGAUGCCCACCAUCAAGUGUGAGGUGGCGGGUAAAACGGUGCCACCGCCGUUCCUCAUCGACGUGUCGAAGCUAGACUUCAGGGAGCCGUUUAACUCGAUCAUGCUCAAGGAUAUCGCACACCUGCUUCCGGAGGACGAAAGCGUCUUGUUCCACCGGUCGUACAACCCCGACACGCAGGAGGUCGUCUGCACGUACCAGGCGGGCUCGCUGCCGGAGGAGCCGCUGCCGCCGGACUACGUCGACCCCAACUUCCUAAACAAGAAGGGCAGGCGCAUCCACCUAACGUACAAGGGCUUCUUCCCGAAACAGUAA